CUGACCCUUUCUGGUCCGUGCUGCGGCCGGCGUGGCCCGGGGACUAUAGCCCCUCAACCCCGAGGUGGGGUGGACACCGGUGCUCCGCGGCCAGAGCCCCUCCCCGCCGCUAGAAGCGCAGUCCCGCGGCCCGCCCGCCGCUCGCGAGGGCCGCACUUUGCCCUCGGUCCCUAGCGGCGCCUGGCCACGCCCCCGGAGGGUGGAGUCGGGCGGAGCGCCGGGCAGGUUCCUCAGCGUUCCGCGGCGGCGGCAGCGGCGGCGACGGCGACAUGGAGAGCGGGGCCUACGGCGCGGCCAAGGCGGGCGGCUCCUUCGACCUGCGGCGCUUCCUGACGCAGCCGCAGGUGGUGGCGCGCGCCGUGUGCUUGGUCUUCGCCUUGAUCGUGUUCUCCUGCAUCUAUGGUGAGGGCUAUAGCAACGCCCACGAGUCUAAGCAGAUGUACUGCGUGUUCAACCGCAACGAGGAUGCCUGCCGCUAUGGCAGUGCCAUCGGGAUGCUGGCCUUCCUGGCCUCGGCCUUCUUCUUGGUGGUCGACGCAUAUUUCCCCCAGAUCAGCAACGCCACCGACCGCAAGUACCUGGUCAUUGGUGACCUGCUCUUCUCAGCUCUCUGGACCUUCCUGUGGUUUGUUGGUUUCUGCUUCCUCACCAACCAGUGGGCGGUCACCAACCCGAAGGACGUGCUGGUGGGGGCCGACUCUGCGAGGGCAGCCAUCACCUUCAGCUUCUUUUCCAUCUUCUCCUGGGGUGUGCUGGCCUCCCUGGCCUACCAGCGCUACAAGGCUGGCGUGGACGACUUCAUCCAGAACUACGUCGACCCCACUCCGGACCCCAACACCGCCUACGCCUCCUACCCAGGUGCAUCCGUGGACAACUACCAACAGCCACCCUUCACCCAGAACGCGGAGACCACGGAGGGCUACCAGCCGCCCCCUGUGUACUGAGUGGCAGUUAGGGUGGGAAGGGGGACAGAGAGGGCCCUCCCCUCUGCCCUGGACUUUCCUGUGAGCCUCCUGGAACUGCCAGCCCCCCUCUUUCACCUGUUCCAUCCUGUGCAGCUGACACACAGCUAAGGAGCCUCACAGCCUGGCGGGGGCUGGCAGAGCCACACCCCAAGUGCCUGUGCCCAGAGGGCUUCAGUCAGCCGCUCACUCCUCCAGGGCACUUUUAGGAAAGGAUUUUUAGCUAGUGUUUUUCCUUGCUUUUAAUGACCCCAGCCCCGCCUGGAGUGGCUAGAAGCCAGCAGGCACCCAUGUGCUACUGACAAGUGCCUCAGCUUCCCCCCGGCCCGGGUCAGGCCGUGGGAGCCGCUAUUAUCUGCGUUCUCUGCCAAAGACUCGUGGGGGCCAUCACACCUGCCCUGUGCAGCGGAGCCAGACCAGGCUGUUGUGUCCUCACUCAGGUUUGCUUCCCCUGUACCCACUGCUGUAUGAUCUGGGGGCCAUCACCCUGUGCUGGUGGCCUCUGGGCUGCCUCCCAUGGCGAGGGCGGGGCUGGUGCUCAUGGCACUUCCUCCUUGCUCCCACCCCUGGCAGCAGGGAAGGGCUUUGCCUGACAACACCCAGCUUUAUGUAAAUAUUCUGCAGUUGUUACUUAGGAAGCCUGGGAAGGGCAGGAGUACCCCAUGGCUCCCAGACCCUAUCUGUGCCAAGUGUAUUAUAAAGUCGUGGGGGAGAUGCCCGGCCCUGGGAUGCUGUUUGGAGACGGAAUAAAUGUUUUCUCAUUCA